GGCCGCCGGCGGCGGGGGGUGGCGCGGGGCCAGGCGCACUGCCGCCUCCCGGGCCUCGGGGAGUCAGCCCAGCCGCAGCCGCCGCCGCCGCCGCCGGGGCCGGGCCCCUCGCGCUGCCCGGGAAGGAGGUCUCACGCGGAAGAUGGCCGGCGGCGUGGACGGCCCCAUCGGGAUCCCGUUCCCCGACCACAGCAGUGACAUCCUGAGCGGGCUGAAUGAGCAGCGCACGCAGGGCCUGCUGUGCGACGUGGUCAUCCUGGUGGAGGGCCGCGAGUUCCCCACGCACCGCUCCGUGCUGGCCGCCUGCAGCCAGUACUUCAAGAAGCUGUUCACGUCGGGCGCGGUGGUGGACCAGCAGAACGUGUACGAGAUCGACUUCGUCAGCGCCGAGGCGCUCACCGCGCUCAUGGACUUCGCCUACACGGCCACGCUCACGGUCAGCACGGCCAACGUGGGCGACAUCCUCAGCGCCGCCCGCCUGCUGGAGAUCCCCGCCGUGAGCCACGUGUGCGCCGACCUCCUGGACCGGCAGAUCCUGGCGGCGGAUGCGGGCGCCGAUGCGGGCCAGCUGGAGCUGGUGGACCAGGUGGGCCAGCGCAACCUGCUGCGGGCCAAGGAGUACCUGGAGUUCUUCCAGAGCAACCCCAUGAACAGCCUGCCCCCCGCCGCCGCCGCCGCCUUCCCCUGGCCGGCCUUCGGGGCCUCCGAGGAUGACCUGGAUGCCACCAAGGAGGCCGUGGCCGCUGCCGUGGCCGCCGUGGCCGCCGGUGACUGCAACGGCCUGGACUUCUACGGACCAGGGCCCCCGGCCGAGCGGCCCCCGGCAGGAGACGGGGACGAGGGCGACAGCAACCCGGGCCUGUGGCCAGAGCGGGAUGAGGACGCCCCCACCGGGGGUCUCUUUCCUCCACCGGCGGUGCCCCCGGCCACCACGCAGAACGGCCACUACAGCCGGGGUGGGGAGGAGGAGGCGGCCUCGCUGUCAGAGGCCGCCCCCGAGCCGGGCGACUCUCCGGGCUUCCUGUCGGGCGCAGCCGAGGGCGAGGACGGGGACGCGCCUGACGUGGACGGGCUGGCGGCCAGCACGCUGCUGCAGCAGAUGAUGUCCUCGGUGGGCCGGACCGGGGACAGCGACGAGGAGUCGCGGGCGGACGACAAGGGCGUCAUGGACUACUACCUGAAGUACUUCAGCAGCGCCCACGAGGGGGACGUCUACCCCGCCUGGUCUCAGAAGGGGGAGAAGAAGAUCCGCGCCAAGGCCUUCCAGAAGUGCCCCAUCUGCGAGAAGGUCAUCCAGGGCGCCGGCAAGCUGCCGCGGCACAUCCGCACCCACACGGGCGAGAAGCCCUACGAGUGCAGCAUCUGCAAGGUCCGCUUCACCAGGCAGGACAAGCUCAAGGUGCACAUGCGGAAGCACACGGGGGAGAAGCCCUACCUGUGCCAGCAGUGCGGCGCCGCCUUCGCGCACAACUACGACCUCAAGAACCACAUGCGCGUGCACACGGGGCUGCGGCCCUACCAGUGCGACAGCUGCUGCAAGACCUUCGUGCGCUCCGACCACCUGCACAGGCACCUCAAGAAGGACGGCUGCAACGGCGUCCCCUCGCGCCGAGGCCGCAAGCCCCGCGUGCGGGGCGGCCCCGAGCCCCCGGCCCCUGGGCCCGCCGCGCCCCCCGGCGCCCCCGCUGCGCCCGGCUCCCCCGACGCCCGGCGCAACGGCCAGGAGAAGCACUUUAAGGACCAGGACGAGGACGAGGACGAGCCCAGCCCCGACAGCUCGGGCCGGUUGAAUGUAGCGGGCGCUGGCGGUGGAGACGACAGCGGAGGCGGCCCCGGGGCCACCACCGACGGUAACUUCACAGCUGGACUCGCCUAAAACCAAAAAAGAGAACGAACCGCCGACCCCGACCCCCACGCAGACCCCCUCCAGACACGCGGGCCGCCCGCCGGCCAGCUUCGCCUCCCUCUGCCUCCACCCGCCGGCCGCGGGGCGCCCACCUGCCCACGGCGGGGGGCGGCCGGCUCUGGCCAGGCGGGCGGCGAGCUGGGGCCGGGCCAGCUGUCCUCUGCCCCCCGCGCGGGGUUCUAGCGUCUUUCAGACGAGACCUUAAAUGAUUUCUGUCUGCUCUGAGCGGACGUUAAAUGGCCCGUCCCCUCCCCACCCUCCUUCCUCAGGGCACUUACCAAGGGGGGGGACUCCCCCUCGCUGUCCCCAGCGCCCCCGCCUCCCACCCCGCCUGUGGCCUCGCAGCUCCGCACGUCCUGGCCUCGAGACUCGGAUCUAUUUAUUUCCAGGCCUGGGGCGGGGGUGCCUGGAGCUCCCGGCCUCUGCCACCUUCCUUUAGGCUCAGAGCCGGUGGCCUGGGGUCCACCCCUCGGGGACGCCCCAGGCCCCCAGAACCCCAUGUUUGGAGAUUCAAAACUUGUCUCGACCCUGCCCCCCCCCCUUCUCCCAAGUUUUUAAAGCACUUUUUAGAUUUUCUUUUCCUCCUUAAAAAACAAAAUUUAUAUAUAGAUAUAUAUAGACAUAUAUAUAUAUAUAAUAUACUUUCCUCAGAGGAGCGGGCAGCGGCACGGGCGCUGAGACCGAGGGAGCCAGGGCCUCCUGAGGCGGGCACCGGGAGCAAGGGCAGGGCAGGGGUUCCAGUGUCACAAAAGCAAUAAAAACCCAAGAUUUUACAAAACGGAGAGGAAGAAAGAAAGAAAAAGGCCACCAACCACAUUUAGAAGUCUUGGCACUUUGUAAUGGAACGGGUACUUUAUCUUAACUCUUAAUUUAAAAACAUGUUUACAAGUUGCAACCAACUUCUAUGAAAAGUUGAAAACAAAAAGAGAGAGAGAGAGAGAGAGAGAGAAAUUCCUAAAACUCAAUUUAUUUUUGUACAAAAUAAUAAAAUAAAAAACCCACCGCAAACGUAGAAUCCACGUCUGUUCCCCAAGGCUGAGGGGGGUGGUCAGGAAGCCAUCGGAAGGGACCAGAGACCCCCCAGGUGUCUGCCCGCUAUGGGGGUCCACGCUGAGGGCAGGCUGCGGGGCCUGGGUCCUGCGGCUCUGCCUGCCUCCUGCUCUGCCCACUUCCCGUCUUGGUUGGGAGAUGUCUCUGCAGCCAUAUGGUGGCCAUCUCUGUCCUGGGCACCCACCUCCCUUAUUCCCUAGCUCAGGGACGGCCCGAGAGAGGGCUGGCCUUCCAACCAGCCAGACUAACCAGUCCCCCAGCCCCAUGUCCCUCCCGUCCCCCAGGACCUGCCCUCCAACAGGGCUGCCCUGCUGCGGGGGUCCCUGCUCCAGGGCCUUAGCCUCCCCCCACACCCCCUUUUUACUCAAAGGCACUGACUGUAACCCGAGGGAUGGCAUUUGCCUCUCCCCAACCUCGGGCUCCCAAAGGCCCGGUGCAGACCGAGCCGCAGGCCACGGACAGGGCCGGGGUUGGGGAGGGGACGAUGCCAGGUGCCCUCCAACUCCCUCCGGCCCACGCAGUCUAGCGGGGCCUGUACAUAGACGCUCCGCAGACCUGAGGCUCCUCCUGUCGAUGCCUGGUUGGGGCGGAGGGGCGUCCCUGCAUCCCCACCCCUCUUGGUGGCCUGGCACCCUGUCUGUGACAACUGUCUCAUCCUUUUGUCUUUAAAGGGAAGCUUGUAAGAAGGCGGAAUGUUUCAUAUUGUUUCUACCAGAUACUUUUUGUCCCCCCCCACCCUCCAGCCCAUCAGCCCCCCCAGAUGUCUCAGGAUCCCCCCUCUGGGCCAGCAGAAGGGGCAGGCCCGGGGCGGGUGGUGCUGGCCUGUUUGCACCCCGAUGUCACAGGGCGAGCUGCUCCAGAGAGGACUGCCAGGUCAGGCAGGGCACUUGCACCGGCCGUCGUUCCAGAGAGGCCCCGGGGCGAGUGCCCUUCCACCCCCAGGCCCCUCGCAAUAAGACCCACUCAAAUCACUGAUGUCAUCCUGGCCAGCAGAGGCCACCAGAUUUGGGGGACAGAGCCCUCGGGACUCUGGCAGGACCAGGCUGCCCGCCAGCCACUCACCCGGAGCCCCUCGGGCAUUGCACUGAGCCCCGCCCAGCCCCCCGCUUCGCUGCCCCGCGCCCUCUGCCUUAACGCCACCCGGCCCGGCCACGGCGUCUGCAUGGGCCCAGAGCCGGACCCCCGCCCCCGACUGCGCAAUCACAUACUGUAUAUAGACGUGGAUCGAUUUUAUUUUUAUUCUUUAAAUUAAGGUUGUGAUAAAGUGUUGCCAAAGAUACUGCUGAAUUUUCGCGUUUCAGGAAACGGCGAGGCUGAGGAGGGCGCUGUCUGGGACUCCAGAGGCUUUCCUUCGGUGGUUGGGGUUUUGUUUUUGUUUUCUUUUUUUUUUGUUUUUUGGGUUUUUUUUGGGUUUUUUUUUUUUUUAACUGCCUGGUACAAAAAAAAAAAAGAAAAAGAAAAAGAAAGAAAAAGUGAAAUGUUCUUUCCAUCAUCCUGGCGAGGCCGUGCGGGCGCCCGUGUGUGAGAGUGGGGGCCAGCCCAGGCUGGGGCCCUGGAGAGGCCCCGUCCAGUCGCUGCUCCUCACUCCCCCUCCCACCCCGCCUUCCAAGAUUAGGGGAAAAAAGGCAAAAAAAUAAAAUGAAAAACCCCAUACCCGUUGAAUGUAAGACGCGGGAGGGCCAGCCUGCGUGUCACCCUGUGUGUCCAGAGCUGUCCCUCUGCUUCCCCUCACCAUGGGACAGGAGGGUCCCCGGCCUCUUCCCCUUGGGUGGCCAGGGACACGGGGCACUGCUGGGACCCCUGAGUGGUGGUGGGCGCAGCAGCCUGUGGCCGUGCUGCGGCCCAGGUCCAAGUCAGGCCCAGGAUGGGGGCAGUGUGGGCCACCGGGACUGUAGGAGGUGGGACAGACCAAAAGGAAAAACAGGAAAAAAAAAAAAAAAAGAAAAAUGUAAAAACCAAAAAAAAAAGAAAGCAAAAAUCCUAUUUUUUGAGAAAGAAAGAUAUUUAUAUUUGCAGUUUUAUUUUAAAAAGUUAUUUAAGCUGAGGAAGCAGCUCCCCAGAGGUGGGGGUGGCUGGCACAGGACGGGUCAGGUGGGGCCCGGCCCCGGGGCCGGAUCUCAGUUGAGAGGAGCUCACACUAACCCUGGAUCUACGUGGGGCGGUGGGUGGGUAGGCGGGCAGGGCUGCCCAGGCCCCCGGCCCAGACACGAGGUGCCUUGGACACGGGGGCCAGGCCUGUGAGUGGGGCAGGGCGGUGCCCGCUGGGUACAGAGCACAGCAGACAUUCCAUAGACUGUAUUUGAGAGUCUUUAUAAGUGUGGGAGAUUUAAAAAAAAAUUGAUAAAAAUGCACUUUUUGGGGGUGGGGGGAAAGCUUUAAAGUAAGAAAAAAAAAAAACAAAAAGGCAAAAGAUGAUGAAAAACCAGAAAAAAAUCAUUUUUCUUGUACAUAAAACAACCACUAAACGCAGCCUGUUAUGACCGCUCGGCGUCCUGCCUGA